GGUGCCGUCGUCAUCGUGUUAUCGUAUCGUUUGUGUCUGUGUGCGUUUUCGUUGCGCGUGUGCUCGUAUAUCAGACUGUUCGUAUCAGGGUGCGUGAGCGCCGUGUGUGCUAGUGUGUGUGUGUAUUCUACCCUGUCACCCUUAUGUCCCUUCCGUUCUUUAUCGUAAACAAAGUUAUCGGUUUUUUCCCAACGUCCCCGAAAGUACUCAGGACGCGUAACAGAAAACAAUAACUCUAAACUUUUUAGGAUACGCUCGUUCUCGUCGUUUGUGUCUUCUGUGCUGGCCGGAAGUGUACAAAGGUACGCACAAAUCGCAGCCGUGUCGAAGAAAACGAGAUGUCUUAAAUUUCUUUGAUUUUGUUUAAGUGUGUUUCACUUAUUUUCAAGAAAAUUCUUCAUUUGGCUGACGAUGUGCUCGAGCAGCUCUUGGCGAGCACUGGUUAUCACAGUGUUAGCCUGUUCAGCAGUCUGCGCGUUUGCUUCUGGCGCCAAUUUCUCCGCAUUUCCAUUUAUUCAAUACUUGACACAGCCUCCGUCGUUAACAGUUAAGCCGAGACCACAGCAGGCGAAAACCAAUAGUGUGGCUUCGUUUUACUGUGGUGCCCGUGGUGACCCCCGUCCUACCAUCCAAUGGAAAAAGAACAACAAGCGGGUAACGGAUUCGUUGAGUCGAUAUGAAAUCGUGGAUAAAGUGGUUGGUGACAGUGAAACCGGGUCGGUUUUGCGCAUAGAGCCUACUCGGGCGCCUAGGGAUAACGCGGUCUACGAAUGUUUUGCCGAAAAUGGCGUGGGUGAUGCUGUCAGUGCAAAUGCUAAACUUGAAGUGUAUGAUGAGUUGCCACCAGGAUUUCCAGUGAUUACCGAAGGCCCGGGUAGUCACAAAUCUAUUGAAGUGGGACAUAAUGCCGUAUUGCAGUGCUCAGCCUCCGGUAAUCCGUCGCCAACUAUUUAUUGGCUUCGAGAAAAUAUGCGACUAGAUUUGGACACGAACCCUAGAUACUCAAUUCUUGACAAAGGAUUUCCAGGUGCUUUGCAAAUUAGUGAUAGCCAAGAAACGGACCAGGGCAAAUACGAGUGCGUGGCUGAAAAUUCUGUGGGUACGCAACAUGCUACAGCUAUCAUGCUAUGGGUCAGAGUUCGCCGAGUGCCACCACAAUUUUCCAUUCCUCCGCCAACUAUGGAAAAGGUAAAAGUCGGUGAAAACGUCAGUAUACCCUGCGUGGCCAUCGGUUCACCAAUGCCUUAUGUGAAGUGGCGCCGUGGGAAAACCACGGAACUUUCACCCGAAGAUAAACUGCCUGUGGGUAGGAACGUGUUGAAUUUGACCAACGUACAACUUUCGGACAAUUACACAUGCAUAGCAGCCUCGUCUCUAGGCAUGAUAGAAGCGACGACUUUCAUUAAAGUUUUGACGCUACCCAGUCCGCCGAUCGAAGUCAAAGUGUCGGACGUGACGUCCACAUCGGUUAAGCUGAGCUGGUCGCACCCCAACCCGGACGACAUACAAUACUAUACGAUAUCGCAUAAGCCCAGGUCGGCGUCACAGUCGCCGGGCGUAAUCAGCGGCGUAGUCACCAUGUACUAUACGAUACGGCCGCUGAGUCCGUACACCCAGUACGAAUUCACCAUAUCGGCUGUCAACGGGUUCGGGCACGGCCCACCCUCGCCGCCUAUAGUAGCUACCACCGGUGAAACAGCGGAUCUAUCUGCUUUUGGUGAAGGUGCAAAACCCGGGACCGCUCCCAGGAACAUUCAAGUACGUUUGCUGAGUUCGAGCACUAUGGUCAUACAAUGGGAAGAGCCCGAAACGCCUAACGGUCAAGUGAUUCGGUAUAAGGUGUACUACACGACGAACCCGGACCAGCAGUUGUCGUCGUGGAACACAAUGGUGGUAGACAAUAAUCAACUGACUACUAUCAACGAACUGACGCCUCUCUCCGUGUACACCAUACGAGUGCAAGCGUUUACCAGCGUAGGACCUGGGCCCCUCUCAUCGCCCGUUCAGGUCAAAAUGCAACAAGGAGUGCCCAGUCAACCUAGAGACUUGCGAGUAAACGAAAUCGAAGAAACAUCUAUUGGACUUCAAUGGGCUAAACCCAAUCAAGUUGGUGAACAAAUUCUCAGCUACGAACUUUAUUGGAACGAUACAUACGCCAAGGAAAAACACCAUCGGCGCAUACCGGUAUCGGAGAGUUACUCAUUGACCGGACUUUACCCGAACACUCUGUACUACAUGUGGCUGGCGGCUAAAUCGCAGCGCGGCGAAGGAGCACCGACACCACCGAUCCAAGUGCGGACCAAACAAUACGUACCCGAAGCGCCUCCACAGAACGUGACCGCCGAGGCCAUCAGCCCCACGUCCAUUUCGGUCCAGUGGAUGCCUCCGCUGUCGGACCGCAGUAACGGUCAGAUAAUCUACUACAAGGUAAUGGCCACGGAGAGCGGUAUGUCGGACUCUGAAGCCGAACCGUACCGGGUAGAGAAUGUCACUUCGAUAACGCUAGAAGACCUGAAACGGUGGACCGAAUACAAGAUCUGGGUACUAGCCGGCACGUCCGUCGGAGACGGUCCGACCUCUACUCCGAUUACGGUUCGCACCCGCGAAGACGAAUUGAAUAUGCCAGGACCUCCCACCGACGUCAAAGUUCAACCUGUUAAUUCGUCAACUAUACAUGUGCAGUGGCGACCUCCCACCGAAGAAGACCGUCAUGGAAUCAUAAGAGGAUACCACAUACACGUCCAAGAAGCCAAACCUGAGGGUAAUGCGUUACUUAACGAACCAUUGAGAUUUGAUGUAGCUGACGCGCUAGAGAGUAAUGUCACCGGUCUACAACCGGACACUUUGUAUGCAAUCCAAGUAGCAGCUAUCACUCGCAAAGGUGAUGGUGAUCGUAGUCAUCCAGUCAAAAUCAAAACACCUGGUGGUGUACCCGUUAGACCUGUUGUUAACCUCAAGGUGUUGGAAAGAGAACCAAAAGUCAAUAUAGAACUAGAAUGGACUAGACCUACGAAUACAUAUGGUGAACUAUUGGGAUACAAAUUACGUUAUGGGAUUCGAGGACAAGAAAUGUUUGAAAUUAUGAUGACUGAAAAUAAAAGGCGAAUUACAGACUUAGAACGAGGUGUUGAAUAUGAAUUUCAUAUAUCUGGUCAAAACCAAGUGGGUUUCGGUCAAGAAGCCACUGAAUACUUUAAUACUCCUGAAGGACCACCUACUGGUCCACCAAUAAACGUAUCAUAUGAAUUCCAGACUCCUGAUGUUGUUUGCAUUAUUUGGGAAGAACCAUCUCGUGAACAUCGUAAUGGACAAAUUAUUCGUUAUGAUGUACAGUUUCACAAAAAAAUAGACCAAUCUACUAUUACUCACAGAAAUACUACCUUGAAAAAAGUUGUAUUUUCUGGAUUAGAAGAAGCCACUGAAUAUGUUGUUACUGUUAGAGCAGUGACGGCCGAAGGUGAUGGACCAUGGAGUCCACGGAUGACUAUUAAUACUACUAGAGAAAUGGUUCGGGCACCAAUGGGUGUUAAAGCUGUAGCAACAUCUGAUCAAAGUAUUCAAGUUUGGUGGGAGGCUGUACCAGUACGUGUUAAAAUCAACGGUUAUCGUGUGUACUAUACAAUGACAGCAGUGGAAGAUCUUAAUCAAUGGAACAUCAAAGAUGUCCCUGCUACUGAAUCUACCGAUCUUGCUAAUCUUGAAAAAAUGGCCCAGUAUGCCAUUGCUGUGACAGCACGUAUAGAUAAUGGCUUUGGAAGAUUGUCUGAGAAAAUUACUGUUAUUGUGAAGCCAGAUGAGGUGCCAUUAAACUUACGUGCAUCAGAAGUUAGCACACACAGCAUGACAUUAUCCUGGACUCCUCCUAUCAAAUUAAACCCAAUCGGAUACAAGAUCUCAUUUAAUGCAGUAAAAGAAUUCAGAGAUUCUCAGGGUGUUACCCAAUUACAAAUUGUACCAGUUCGAGUCAUCGAAUUAGACAAAUAUGUGUUAAGUCAUACAAUUGAUGAAUUAUCUCCAUUUAUAAGUUAUGCUGUAAAUGUUAGUGCUGUACCGUCUGACCGAAGUUAUAGGCCACCUUCAAGGAUAACAGUUACUACACAAAUGGCCGCCCCUCAACCCAUGGUGAAGCCUGAUUUUUUCGGAGUUGUGAAUAUGCAAAAAAUACACGUUAUACUUCCUCAAGCAUCAGAAGAAUAUGGUCCAAUUUGCCAUUAUUAUGUAGUAGUUGUUCCAGAAAAUCCAGAUACUGCAAAUAUGAAUCCUGAUGAGUUUUUAAAUCAAAAAUUAGUGGAAAUUUCUCAACAAGAAUUUUUGGCUGAGGGUGAGCCAUACAUUGCUGCUAAAUUCCCUCAUAGAACCAUACCUUGGACCUUUUAUCUGGGUAAUGGUGAAACGUAUGAUGGGUUCCUAAAUAGAAAACUUGAUCAAAACGUUAAGUACAGAAUUUUCGUACGAGCUUUUGUUGAUACUCCACAAAAACAUUUAUAUACAUCUAGUCCAUUCUCUGAACCUAUUUCAUUAGAAAUGCGUGAAGUCGGUCCUGAAGAAGUUCCAAAACGGCCUGAAAUACGAGACAUGAAUCUUCCUAGUAACACAGGUUCUAGUGGAGCAUCGAAUGAUCAUGUAAGCGUCAGAAGUAGUGCCACUCCUCCAGGACUGUUAUGGCUAGUUGGUCCUGUAAUCGCUGCAAUAUUACUUACUGCUGCUUUAAUAUUGUUGUUUGUAGUUAAAAAACGUCGACGACCGAGCAAAUACGGUGAAACGUCCGGCGUUACGAAACCUCUCAUCGGUAACUCUCAUCCCAACAACGACCCGGUGGAAUUGCGACGGUUGCAGUUUCAGACACCGGCGAUGGUGUCCCAUCCGCCGGUGCCGAUCAAUUAUCUGGCGCAGCACAUCGAACUGCUAAAAGCCAACGACAACUUCAAAUUUUCACAAGAGUACGAGUCGAUUGAGCCGGGCCAACAGUUCACGUGGGACCACUCGAACAUGGACGUGAACAAGCCAAAGAACCGGUACGCUAACGUGAUCGCGUACGACCACUCGAGGGUGACCCUGCAACCGAUCGAUGGGAUCCCGGGCAGUGAUUAUAUAAACGCCAACUACUGCGACGGUUACCGGAAGCACAACGCGUACAUAGCGACGCAGGGCCCGCUGCAGGAGACGUUCAGCGACUUCUGGCGCAUGUGCUGGGAGGUGCGCACCUCGACCAUUGUGAUGAUGACCAAACUCGAGGAGCGGACGCGCGUCAAGUGCGACCAGUACUGGCCGACCCGGGGCUCGCAAGUGUACGGCCCCAUCACGGUGACGUUGACCAAUGUACAGGAGUUAGCUACGUACGUGAUCCGGUCGUUCCAUCUGACCCGGGCCACUGACAACGAGACCAGGGAGGUGAAGCAGUUGCAGUUCGGCGCGUGGCCCGACCACGGCGUGCCAGACCAUCCGGCGCCGCUUUUGCAGUUCAUGAAACGUGUCCGCGCGGUGAACCUGAUGGACUCCGGCCCAGUGGUGGUGCACUGUAGUGCGGGCGUGGGCCGCACCGGUUGUUUCAUAGUGAUCGACGCGAUGCUGGAACGGGCCAAGAAUGAGCACAGCGUCGACAUUUACGCACACGUCACGUGCCUGAGAGCCCAACGAAACUACAUGGUCCAGACCGAGGAGCAGUACAUUUUCAUACACGACGCACUCUUGGAAGCAGUCACUUGUGGCGAAACCGAAGUGCCCGUCCGCAGUUUGCCCAUGCACAUCCAACAACUAUCGCAGAUGGAUCCUGGCACAACGGUUACAGGAAUGGAACUCGAGUUCAAGAAAUUAGCAUUGGUCAAAAGUGAAUUCUGCCGGUUCGUGAGUGCUAGCCUGCCUGUGAACAAACCGAAAAAUCGUCUGGUCCAUUUGCUACCGUACGAAAAUACCCGGGUGUGUCUGAGUGGAGGGUCUUCCAGGGGCCUGGAAGGAUCAGACUAUAUCAACGCUAACUUCAUAGAUGGCUACAGACAGCGUGGUGCUUACAUUGCGACCCAGGGACCUCUGCAGAUCACCACCGAUGAUUUUUGGCGCAUGCUGUGGGAGCACAAUUCAACAAUUGUGGUAAUGCUCACCAAACUUCACGAAAUGGGAAGGGAAAAAUGCUACCAAUAUUGGCCCUCCGAACGAUCAGUGCGGUACGACACGUUUGUUGUUGAACCUAUCACGGAAUACAAUAUGCCACAGUACAUACUUAGAGAGUUUAAGGUUACUGAUACGAUCGAUAACGGGUCACGGACCGUCAGGCAAUUUCAGUUCACUGACUGGCCAGAACAGGGCGUGCCCAAGUCGGCUGAAGGGUUCAUAGACUUCAUUGGACAAGUACACAAAACGAAAGAACAGUUCGGUCAAGAAGGUCCUAUUACAGUUCACUGCAGUGGUGGCGUGGGUAGGACAGGUGUAUUUGUGUCCCUGAGUAUCGUAUUAGAGCGAAUGCAAUGCGAAGGUGUAAUUGAUCUCUUUCAAACAAUCCGAAUCCUGCGAACGCAGCGUCCAGCUAUGGUUCAAACAGAGGAACAGUACCAGUUCUGCUAUCAAGCGGCACUCGAAUACCUAGGAUCGUUCGAACAAUACUCCGACUGAGACAGGCCAGACAUGUUCACGUACACUGAGCGCGCAGUUUAAAAAUCUGUUGACAAUGAUCAUUGUUGUCUUGCGUUCGCACGCACAUACGUGAACAGUCAGAGUGCCACCUCUACAUAGAUUAUUAUUAUUAUUUUAGUCAGCUGUAUAGACAUAGUUUUUCUUACACAAAUGUCUAUAUCCGUCUGUUAUCAUCAAUCUAGUCUUGAAACACACCACAUUCACUCAUUUAAACAAUCACACACACAUACUAUACCAUACAGGUAUAAAAUACCUAAGAAAUUUUAUUGUGUACCGCAUCAUACAUACAUAUAUAUGCACAUACACAUACAUGUUUAUAUUAUGUAUCGUUAUAAUAUGACUUAUUUACUCUUUUUGUUACUGUAUUUCCUAAUAUCAUUGAGUUUUUAUUUUUUAACUUUAAGAUUCGACUACAAGAUUAUAUCUUUUAACUUUUUGCUUAUUUCGAACAAAGUGUGGUGCAAUAUAUACACUCACAGAAUUUUCUUGAAGCCUUGCCCGAUAAACAACUAAUUACUAAUACUUUUUAUUUGUAAUAUAUUUAUAUAUGUAUGUGUGAUACGUAUGUAUGUAUCCAUAAUUAUAGGAAUAGUGUAUAGACCAAAAAUAUUUGUAAUGUGUAAAUUUAGGCAAUUUUUAAACAUAGUUAAUAUCGUUAUACAAAGAAUCCAUCGACUGAUGUAUUUAAGGAUAAUGCCUUUUGUGUUCCACGGUUAAUUUUAUUUGUAAUAUUAUUUUUAAUUUUUUAUUUUUUUAACUUUUUUUAAGUUAUUUUUUUUUCUAUUUAUUUUAAGUUGAAAGUUAAUAUUCUUCGUCCUACUUUAUUUUUAUCCUUAAGUACCCGACUCCACAUUUAUAUGCAUUUUUAUUAUUUAUGUAUUAUUAUGUACUUAUUACUACCUCUAUCCACCUGAAUGAUAUUUUGACCGAUAAAGAUCAUUUUUACAUUAAGUAUUAAACUUUUUUUUUUUAAUUUUAAUUAAAAAAAUAAGACAAUAUAAAAACUUACCCGUCCUUGAGAAUAAGCACGUUAGCAGUGUAAUUCUCUCUUUAAUCGCGCGUCGCUCGUACAUUUUUUCCUUUUUUCUAUAUAAAAUUUCGAAGCCAUUCACGCUUAAUCGAAAUACAAUCACUCUUGCAUAAUACUAGCUUUUUCUACGCUUGUAUAGGUUUAAAUAAUAUACACACAAUUUGAUCGGUUAACUGAAUAAUCGUUUUCGGCAUAUCAUAAUAAUAAUAUAUAAAAAAAAGGUACCGUUAUCCUUGGACAAAAUGUUUCUCUUUUGUACAUAGUAAUUAAUGAUUAGGACACAAUGAUUAUUAUAAUUGUAUAAAGAAUUGAAUGACAUAUUUGACGAGGUGAUUUAAUAUUGUUGACAAUUUAAUAGUUGAAAUAUUGUAUUGUAAAAAAAAAA